UUGAUUUUUAUACUUUUGCUCAUUUUGAGCAGAUUAUACUCUUGGGUGGAUCUUGCACCCGGUUUUUAUUUAAAAAAAUUUAGUUGAUUUUGGAUUUAUUUAUGUCUCACCAUAUUGAUUAAUGUAAUUUUGUUAUGAAAAUCUUGGCAUGCAUCGUGUACAUAGAAUACUACUCUAGUAUACAUAUUAUUAGAGGUUAUAGAUUCAAGGACUCAAAUGGUCAGGGAGUUACCCUUUUGUUAAGAUUUGACUCAUUUUGUAUCUUUCAAAGCUAGAUCAUACGAGAGAGUAUUUGAGUUUUAAGACCUAAAUUCCCUGUUUAAAACCCAAUAAUUUUAAGUUGGUUCUAAAUCAGGUCAACCAACCCACAUUUCAAAAACAAACAAAAGUAAAAGUUGGAGCACAAAUGCAUGGGCAAAAAAACGUCACUGAUUCAACUCAUUCAAGGGUUAGUCAUUUCCUCACCUAUUUUUAACAGCUAGAGGGCUAAUUUUCUUAUUUUGUGAAUUCAAGACAGCCUGGAAGAGUACCUGAUUCUUCAUUAUUUCCAAGUUCCAAGAGAAUUAAACAUGUAAACCCCACAAACAAUUAAAGAAAUGCAAUCUAUCUUUUGGAAUCACACAAUUAGCAAACUUCAUUAAAGCCAAAUUAAACUUUAUAUUCUUUUUAUAACACAAAAUCUCUUAAAUAAAACCCAAAAAAAUCCCAGAAAACAAAACUAUGGAAAAUGACAAGAACAGAUUCCCUGUUAAUUUUAUUGUAAAACAUUUCAUCCUUUCACCACCAUGCUUGGUUUACAGUAAACUGUACUGUCACUCUCUUUCAAGCUGUUGUUUCUAUCUACUGCCCUGCCACUUCUUCUACUUGCUCAAUCAGAGAGAUAAAGAGAAAAAUACCCCACUCAAUGAAUUCUGCUUGACUUUUCAAGUUUGCAGUCUCUUAAAGUGGUAAAAGAAACUUCCAUGCUCAAGCACUACAAUGAUUUGAGGUUUUUUUGAUGAUUGCAUCUUAACCCAACAAGAAAUUGGUUAGUUUUGUGGGUUUAUUUAAAUGAGAAUGGGUUAUUGGAGCUUGUAUUUAAUAAUCUCAGUCUCAUUGAGUUUCUGCAUAGUUGGUACUUCUCAGUUGCAAUCCUCGCAAAUUCAGGUGCUUAUGCAAUUAAGAAAGCAUUUAGAGUACCCUGAUGAAUUGGCAGUGUGGAAUGAUAAUAAUGCUAAUGUAUGUUUCAUGUCUCCGUCGACAAAAAUUAAUGUCACUUGUGAAGUAGAUGUUGUUACUGAGCUUAGGAUUAUGGGUAGUAAGCCUUUCAAAGUAGGCAAAUUUGUUGGGUAUGCAAUUCCAAAUCUGACCUUAUCAGAUAGAUUUUCAAUGGAUUCCUUUGUUGCAACUUUAGCAAGGCUUACUAGCUUGAGAGCUCUUAGCUUGGUGUCUUUGGGCAUAUGGGGUCCGCUUCCGGAUAAAAUUAACAGGCUAUCUUCUUUGGAGUUUCUUGACCUUAGUUCAAAUUUUUUGUAUGGUUCUGUUCCACCAAGGAUUGCCACAAUGGUGAAGCUUCAAACACUAAGACUUGAUGGUAACUUCUUCAAUGAGAGUGUUCCGGAUUGGUUGCAUUCGCUAUCCAAUCUUUCGAUCCUAAGCUUGUCAGAUAAUCACUUGAAGGGUCCAUUUCCUGCUUCAAUUAGGAAAAUCAGGACUCUCAGUACUCUUGCAUUGUCAAAUAACAAGAUUUCUGGGGGUUUGCCUGAUUUGAGUAGUUUAAGUGGCUUAAAAAUGUUGGAUUUGAGUUGGAAUGAACUGGACUCGGAACUACCCAAAUUGCCUGGAGCUUUAUUCAUGGCAUUGCUGAAUAACAACUCCUUUACUGGUGAGAUACCGCAGGAAUUUAGGAAACUGAACCACUUGCAGCACCUUGAUUUGUCACUGAACCAUCUUCAAGGAAGACUACCCACCAUUCUUUUCUCCUUGCCUAACAUUAGUUACCUGAAUUUAGCAUCAAAUGAGUUGAGUGGAUCACUCCCCAUUCAUUUGGCAUGUGGCAAGAAACUCGAGUUUGCUGACUUGUCGAACAACAGAUUAAUCGGCGAGAUUCCCUGGUGUUUAAACAAAAUUACUGCUCAAUUUUAUGGAAAUUGUUUGACAGCCGGUGGAGUAAACCAGCAUCCGGAGUCAUAUUGUGCCAAGAUGCAGCAAAAGAAAAACAACUACUCAGCCAAAAGUGCAUUAGCUUUAGUUGGUGUGAUUGGAGGAAUUGUUGCAGUGGUAGGACUUCUGGCUUUUGGAAUCCUGGUGAUUUAUAGAAAAUACUGCCCAAGAGGCUGUCAAGAACAGAGUUUGUUGCAGAAGCAAGUUCAGGAAAACAGUGUAACUGGGGUGACCUCUGAGAUACUAGCAAAUGCAAGAUAUAUAUCUGAAGUUUCUAAAUCUGGCACACAAGGAAUCCCAGCAUGUCGAACAUUUUCCAUGGAAGAGCUGAAAGAAGCUACCAUGAACUUCGAUAAAUCUGCCCUGAUGGGGGAAGGUGCUAGGGGCAAGAUGUAUCAAGGAACAUUACAGAGUAAAACCUUAGUAGCUGUAAGGUGCCUAUCACUGUCAAAUAAAUACACCACUCGUAAUCUCAAGCUUCGGUUGGACCUUUUGGCAAAGCUUCGCCACCCACAUUUGGUUUGCCUUCUGGGUCACUGCAUUGACACUGGAGCAAAGGCUGAUUCUAGUGGUAACAAGGUCUAUCUUAUAUAUGAAUAUGUGCCUAAUGGAAAUUUACGCUCCCAUCUUUCUGCAAAUGCCAUGAUUUCAGAUCUUGGUCAAGUAAGAGCACUCAAAUGGCCCGAGAGAUUGGUAAUUCUUAUUGAUAUUGCCAAGGCUGUGCAGUUCCUUCACACAGGAAUCAUUCCGGGUUUCUUCAACAAUCGACUGAGAACCAAUAAUAUCUUGAUUGAUGAGCAUCGAAGGGCAAAGUUAAGUGAUUAUGGACUGUCAAUCAUCUAUGACGAUGAUGAAUUUGGGGGAAAAGCUGCUGCUAAGUCAUGGCAAAUGAAAAUUAUCGAGGAUGACAUUUAUUGCUUCGGAUUUAUACUACUAGAAUCCCUCAUUGGUCCGUCGGUGGCCGCUAAGAAGAAGGCAGUUCUGCUAACUGAAAUGGCAUCGUUUGGUAGUGAGGAAGGUCAGAGAAGAGUCAUAGACCCUAUUGUAUUGUCAACUUCCUCGAAGGAAUCAUUGACGACAGUCAUCUCAAUAACCAACAAAUGUGUUUCUUCCGAAUCAUCAACACGUCCUUCUUUUGAGGAUGUGCUUUGGAAUCUACAGUAUGCAGCUCAGGUUCAAGCAACAGCAGAUGGUGACCAAAAAAUUGGUUCCAUGGCACAACCGUGAGUUUCUUCCUGUAUUGAUACUGGUGUAUAAUUUCAAAAUGUCAUGUUUAGGCAUCAACAAACAUAUAUCUCUAGAGCAGAGCAAAGCACAUAUUAUU